AGACGCGCUCCAAUGAGAAAAGUUUACUUGUUCCUCCUGCGCACAGUCCCACAGCUGAGGGCAUUGAUGUGAGCGCAGAGGCUCCGGGUGUUUUACGCGCACUUCUCUCUUCCCCCCCUCCCCGUCUUUCACCCUCACGCACGGAGCACACAAUCCACCUUCUCACCUUGCUUUGCUUUAGUUCACGGCGGCCUGUGCGCACAACGUCUGUCGUUUCUUCUUCGUUCUCCUUUCCCCUUCAUGAAUGAUUCUCUCUCGCGCUUCAACCUCGUCCAAUCCGUCGUCUCCGUCCUCUGCGCAAAAGAGACUCUCGCCGGACACCUCGGCGUCCUCCUCCUCCUCGUACGCGCGACCGCACCUCGGCACCUCGUCGCUGCUCAAGUUCAAGCGGCAGCAGGAGUUCCACUGCAGCGCCGGACGCGCGUUGGGGAAGUACCACCAGUCCAGGAGGAACGUGAUUCUCUGCGCCGCCGCCGCCGCCGCCGCCGAAGCGUCCGCAAGCAUGAGUCUGAAGGCGGACGCGGAGCCGGGCAGCAACAGCACCAACAACAACAACGGCAGCAGCAGCAGCAGCAGCGGCGUCUCCAUCGAGGAGGAGGUACGAACACUGUUCGUCAGUGGCCUGCCAGUCGACAUCAAACCACGGGAACUGUACCUCCUCUUCAGACCUUUCAAGGGUUAUGAAGGGUCACUGAUUAAGUUGACUUCAAAACAGCCUGUCGGGUUUGUAACCUUUGACAGUCGGUCUGGAGCAGAAGCGGCAAAGAAUUCUCUCAAUGGUAUCCGUUUUGACCCCGAAAGUCCCCAGACCCUGCGCUUAGAGUUUGCUAAAGCCAACACGAAGAUGGCAAAGAGUAAGCUGAUGGCCACACCGAACCCCACAAAUAUCCACCCUGCUCUAGGAGCACACUUCAUUGCACGGGACCCAUAUGAUCUGACAGGGGCAGCACUGAUCCCAGCAUCGCCGGAUGCCUGGACACCUUACCCCCUGUACACCACGGAGCUGACCCCAGGCCUCCCUCACGCAGCCUUCACUUACCCGGCGGCCGCUGCCGCUGCCGCCGCCCUCCACGCCCAGGUGAGGGACCAACCGAUGCGCUGGUACCCUACUCCCUCUGACACUUCCCAGCCUGGAUGGAAAUCCCGGCAGUUUUGUUAGAUAUUUAGCUUCUGGAAACCACACGUUUGUCCAGCUGAAGUGAGGUUUGCCCAAGCUCUUCAUUAAUUUAAUCAGGUUUAUUUAAUGGACAAGUGUGCAUUAUUAUAAACAAACAGUAUUUAUACCUCCUCCCGAUUGUCUCUGGGGGGAGUCUGAGUUGAAAUCAUCUUGCUGUCGACAAUCCGAGCUUAUCCAUGGCAACUAUUGCGGUACCAUCGUAGCACUUCAAAAAAAAAAAGAAAAAAGAAAGUGAGAGAAAGAAAGAAAGAAAAAAUAGAUAAAAAAAAAAACCCUCAUGCACAGCCUAGUUAAACUCAAUGGAUCGUAAUUGCUGAGGAAAAAUUGUUGCGUUGAAGUUACCAUUAUUAAGCUAGUCCUUCCAUGGGUUACCGCUGCUCCUGGGAGGUUUAGAAGCGUUAAAGAGUCAUUGCAUGUUAAAGUCUUUUUGGCAUGAAUUUAGAACGCAGAGUUCUGUGUAUCCUAAUUUUCUUAGUGUUUGUGUUGCCUCUUUACCUUGGCCUAGACAGCGAAAUGUUUUGUUUUUCCUGUAGAACCUCGGUCUUACCUCUGUGAAUGUUAGGCUGUUGUGUAAAUGGCUUAUCUCGCAUGGACCUUGUGAAUGCAUCCCUACGUUCGUUGACAAUCCCAGUCCUCUAUGAUCAUAUCAAUGUCUGUCAUUAUUUGAGCAAAAGCAAAGUACAAGUAUUUUUGUACUUUUUUUUUUGCGUAAUGUAUAUUUAUGCAUUUUUGUGCAACUAAAUAAUGAACCUGUAUAAGUUGGAUGUUUAGUCGUCUCUUGUGUUUUUUGGUGUUUUUUUUUUUUCUGAUCAUAUAAUCCGCUUGAAGUAGUUUUAAAGAAGAAGAAAAAAGUGCAAUUUGUUUAAAGGGGGAAGUGGGUAUCUGUCAAAAAUGGAGGUAUUCAGAACGUGGCUUGAGCCGUUCUGCUAACACGAGAUUGCUGUGAGACCAUCUUUCAGAAUGUGAAACUGGACUACAAACGUAAUGGGUUGCUUUUGUCGGGGGCCAUUUUGAGAUGGGAAGCGGGAUUAGAGUAAUGGCGGAAUUUAGUUUGUGGUUUAGAACAUGUUUGUCUUUGUAUCUGCUGUGCAUAAGAUGUAAAAACAAAAUAUUCCCAUCUUAUGAAUAAAAUAAGUGAAUGCA